AUAGAAGAAAAUAGCAUUGUUCAACAAUUUCACAUGAACUCAAUAGUGGGAGAGGUCCAUGAAGCUCAAUACACCCUUCCACACUCUUUUCCGACUAACAUUGAUCCUUCUUAUGAUGAUGAUUUGAUCGAAAUGAAACCAUCAAAGAUCCUCAAGACUACUUACAUAUUACCACAAUUGCCACCGCCACAUUCUUCUUCUCUUCCUCCUAAUUCAAAGCCUCAUCUUCAUCACCAGCCUUCCUCAAGAAUUCUCUCUUUUGGAAAUGCUGGUUCAAAUGUUAUGGAUCAUGAGUACUCUCCCAACUCAAUCUUUAGCCCCAAAGUAGAGGCUGAAGUGCCACCACACCGGAACAGUGAGCCGAUUAUUCAAAAAGGGGCCAAGAGGACUCAACCUUUGCCUAGAAGCCAAUCCAAUGCUCAAGAUCACAUAAUCGCCGAAAGAAAACGCAGAGAGAAGCUUACUCAAAGAUUUGUAGCUCUUUCCGCUCUAGUUCCUGGCCUUAAAAAGAUGGACAAGGCUUCUGUGUUGGGAGAUGCACUAAAACAUAUAAAGAGACUUGAAGAAAAAGUGGGAGAGUUGGAAGAACAGAAGAAAGAGAGAAAAUUGGAAUCAAUGGUUCUUGUGAAGAAGUCUAAGCUGGUCUUGGACGAUAAUAAUCAGUCAUCUUCUUCUUCUUCAUGUGAAGAUGGAUUUAAGGGCUUGGAUCUGCCGGAGAUCGAAGUAAGAUUCUCGGAUAAAGAUGUUUUAAUCAAGAUCCUUUGCGCGAAGCAAAAAGUCCAUAUUGCCAAGAUUAUGGCUGAGAUUGAGAAAUUUCGUUCCUUAAUAAUAACUAAUUCAAGUGUAUUGCCAUUUGGACCAACUCUUGACAUCACCAUUGUAGCUACGAAGGAGAGUGAUUUCGACAUGACACUCACGGAUGUUGUAAAGAGCUUGAGGUCUGCUUUAUCGAAGUUCAUGUGAUUGUUUCAAAGUUUCAUGCUUAUACGUUAGG